UAUAUAAACAAAAGGCUCCAAAUCAUAAAGAACCCAGACUCCCUCUGACAGUCUGUACCGCUCUCACAUCUCGUGCGGUGUUUACUGAGACUCUCACACCUUCUCUUAUUAUAGAGGAGAGAGGGCACCACUUACAUCAGCAGCUCCUGCUUCCUCCCAAGCUUUCAUGGCUUCCAUUGUUGAAUCUUGCUGGCGGUAUCUCAUCACAAAUUUCAACGACUUUCAACUGGCAUGCCUAGGAAGUUUCUUUCUCCAUGAGAGUGUUUUCUUCUUGUCCGGACUUCCUUUUAUAUAUCUUGAGAGGGCAGGAUGGUUAAGCAAGUACAAGAUUCAGGCAAAAAAUAACAGCCCAGCAGCUCAGGAGAAAUGUAUCACUCGCCUGGUGCUAUAUCAUUUUUGUGUCAAUCUGCCAGUUAUGAUUGCUUCCUAUCCUGUCUUCAGAUUCAUGGGGAUGCGAAGUAGUCUUCCAUUGCCGUCCUGGAAAGUGGUUUCAACACAGAUAAUUUUCUACUUCAUCCUAGAGGAUUUCAUAUUCUAUUGGGGACAUAGGGUUCUGCAUACAAAAUGGCUGUACAAGCAUGUGCACAGCGUUCAUCACGAAUAUGCUACACCUUUUGGACUGACUUCGGAAUAUGCUCACCCGGCUGAGAUAUUAUUCCUUGGCUUUGCUACAAUUGUCGGUCCUGCCAUAACUGGGCCUCAUCUGAUCACUCUGUGGUUAUGGAUGGUACUCAGAGUGCUGGAGACAGUUGAGGCACAUUGUGGUUACCAUUUCCCAUGGAGCCUCUCCAACUUCUUACCUUUAUAUGGAGGUGCUGAUUUUCAUGAUUAUCAUCACCGUUUGCUUUAUACCAAGUCUGGCAACUAUUCAUCAACUUUUGUUUACAUGGACAGGAUAUUUGGAACCGACACCGGUUACAGAAAGUUGAAAGCACUGGAGAAAGCUGGAGUUGAAGAUUAUGGCGAGGGUACGUGCUAUGGCAAGGGUACAUGCAACGGCAAGGAGAUGUAACAAGGGAGCCGGGUUUUUUCGAACUAGCUGGACAUUAGUAAAUUUGGUUCUUUUCUGUAGGAGCAUUUCCAAGGAGGUCUCUGUUUAUUGCCCCUCCUCAUCUUGUGUGCAACCACCUUUUGUGUUUAAUUUUUUAAUUUUUCUCAUUUUGAGCUAAUGCUAAAUUGGAAUCAUUAGGAGCUUUAUGCAGACACUUAUGGCCUCCUAUUCCUUGAAUGAAGCUGUCCUUUUAGCCAUUCCAGCUUCAUGAAAAGAUUGCUGGUCAAUUUUUUCAA